AUGAAACUGGUAGCGUUGCUCGCUCUAUUCGCUUUGGCUAGUGGCAAACAUGAAGAAUAUAUUGGAUGGAAAUCCUAUUUCGUGCAGUUGAUUGAUGACAUCCAAUCGAAAAGUUUUUUUGCUAUAGCGGACAAAUAUGAAGUGGAUAUUCUAAGUCAUCCAAUUAUUGGUCGUGAAGGUUUACUCCUGGUGAAGCCAGAAUAUCAUGAUGGCUUCAUCCAAGAUAUUAAAGCUGAAGGCAUUGCCUACAGAUUACAUUCAGAUGAUGUCAAAAGCCAACUGGAGUAUGAUGAUAUUAUGAUUGAGCAGCAGAACACAAUGUCCAGGAUCAGGAAUGGAGGACGUCAGCUACCUUACGACAACUACCAAGAAAUUGAAGCUAUCAAUGAUUACAUGGACAGCAUCGGUAGACAAUACCCUGACAUCGCUACUGUAGUGAACGCUGCCCAGUCUUUCGAAGGUCGUCCCAUUAAAUACGUGAAGAUCUCCAAUUCUAACUUCGAAGAUGAGAGCAAACCCGUCAUCUUCAUUGACGGAGGCAUUCACGCGAGGGAAUGGAUCUCUCCUCCUACCGUUACCUGGGCCAUUCACAAACUGGUUGAGGACCUGACUGAGAGCGACCUUUUGGAUAACUUCGACUGGAUCCUCCUGCCUGUAGUCAACCCUGAUGGAUACAAAUUCACUUUCACCAAUACCCGCUUCUGGCGUAAAACUCGUUCGACUGAUCAGAAUGUUCUCAGUGGUAUUUGUCCAGGGGUGGAUGGCAAUCGAAACUACGACUUUUUCUGGAAUACCGUCGGUACUAGCAACUCUGCAUGCUCCGACAUUUACGGUGGAUCCAGGGCCUUCUCUGAAGUCGAAACCAGGGUAGUAAGGGACAUCUUACACGAGCAUCUCCACCGCAUCGCCCUAUACAUCACCAUGCACAGUUUCGGCAGCAUGAUCUUGUAUCCUUGGGGGCAUGAUGGUUCCUUAUCCCACAACGCUCUUGGGCUUCACACCGUCGGCAUAGCAAUGGCAAAUGCCAUAGACCAACAUUCCUUAACUCAAUUCCCGAGAUAUGUGGUUGGUAACUCAGCGCUGGUUCUCAAUUACCCUACGUCGGGAGGGGCUGAGGAUUACGCCCAUUCGAUUGGAGUACCCUUGGCUUACACCUUCGAAUUACCUGGACUGUCCAACACCAUGCAAGGUUUCAAUCUAAACCCUAGGUAUAUUCAGCAAGUAUGCAACGAGACAUGGGAAGGUAUUGUAGUUGGAGUUAGACGAGCUGGUGAUCUGUUCAAAAAUAAAAGACUGUAA